AUGUCCGCAACUGGUACAUAUCGCGGCACACCCAAAGAUAAAGCCAGAGGCCAAAAUCCUUUCCAAGCUCUCGAAAGCCCCUCGGGCAUCCCAAGACCAAAGCUAGAAUCAGUCGCCAGCACCGCAGCCAGCGACAUGUCGACCCUCAGUGCCAGCAGGGCUAAGCAGUCCAAGAGGGAUGAGGUGCNNGCCAUCCGCCGCAAGAUCGAAACCGACCUCAACAAGAAGAGAGCCAAUCCUACCCGCGCCCGUCAGACCCGAAAGGCAGCCCCUGGUUCCGUCCUUGCCCUCAGACCCAGUCAGGCUCUUCAGAUCAAGCCGAACACUACCGUCGCAGAAGCUGCUCAGCUCAUGGCAGCCAAGCGUGAGGACUGCGUUCUGGUCACCGACGAUGAUGAUCGCAUUGCAGGUAUCUUUACCGCAAAGGAUCUUGCCUUCCGCGUUGUUGGAGAAGGAAUCAAGGCCAAUAGCAUCACCAUUGCCGAAAUCAUGACCAAGAACCCCCUUUGCGCCAAAACCGACACUAGUGCAACUGAUGCUCUGGAUCUUAUGGUCCGCAAAGGCUUCCGUCACCUUCCUGUCAUGGACGAGAACCACGAUAUCUCUGGUAUUCUCGACAUCACAAAAUGUUUCUACGACGCCAUGGAGAAGUUGGAACGCGCAUACAGCUCCUCAAGAAAGCUCUAUGAUGCGCUCGAGGGUGUGCAAGCCGAAUUGGGAUCCAGCCAACCGCAGCAGAUCAUCCAAUACGUUGAAGCCAUUCGUCACAAGAUGUCCGGUCCCACUCUCGAGUCUGUCCUGAACGGCAUGCCACCUGUCACCGUGUCUGUUCGCACCUCUGUCAAGGAGGCUGCAUCGUUGAUGAAGGCCAACCACACCACUGCUGUUCUGGUGACAGACCAAGGAUCCAUCACCGGUAUCUUCACCAGCAAGGAUGUUGUCCUGCGCGUCAUUGCAGCUGGCCUUGAUCCCAGCAACUGCAGUGUUGUCCGCGUUAUGACUCCUCACCCAGACUUUGCGCCUCUGGACAUGAGUAUCCAAUCUGCACUACGCAAGAUGCAUGGUAUGGAUUAUAUUGCACAUGAGCUGACUUCUUGUAGANUCAACAGCAUGUCAACUGGAGAUAGUGAGGGACCUGCUUGGAACAAAUUCUGGAUGUCCUUCGACAACGAGACCGAGUCCAUGAUGUCUGGCGAAGGUGGCAGCCGUCACCCACAAACAGAAGAUGGGAGAUCCCUUAUCUCACCAGAAAUGUCGAGACCCGGGGUUGAUCGGGGUGAUAGUGUCAUGCCCACCGACUCAGCCUCUCACACUGGCGGUCGUGAUUCGCCCGAUCCAUCGGCCUUUACUGGAGCGGCCAACUCAUACGAAGACGUUGCAUUCCCCUUCAAGUUCAAGGCACCGAGUGGUCGCGUACACAGAUUGCAGGUAGUACCAUCAGCUGGCAUGGGCGAGCUGGUCAGUGUUGUCGCGGAGAAGUUGGGCAGCGAAGCUGAAACUAUUGGUGGAGUGCCUACCUUUGAGGAUGGCAAACUCAGUCGCACCGGUUUUGCCCUUAGCUAUCUUGACAACGAAGGCGACACAGUCUCGAUAACAACAGACCGCGAUCUGCUGGAUGCCAUCUCGCUCGCACAACUGACACACCAAGACAAGGUUGACCUAUUCGUACAUGACCCCGAGAAGGCACCACUCCCAGCAACACUCGCACCACAGCCUUCAUUGGUAACUGCGACACCAUCCGAGAGCCAGGUCCGUGAGAGAAAGGUGGCACGCAGCGAGUCAGACGACGACGAGAGCGAGACGAUGAGGCCUCGUAGAAGGGAGCGUCAAGCGGCGCCGGCAGCAGCACAAGAACAGCUGAUUGCAGGUCUUCCUAACGAGCUGCUUUUGCCUGGAGCGAUAGUAACGCUAGCCGUGGCCAUCAUUGGAGUCUUUGCCAUCUCAAGGAUGUCGAGCAAGUAA